UCAACAAAAUGAAGACAACAAUAAUUUUGAUCAGUAUUUUGGGAAUGGCUUGUGCUUUCUCAAUGAAAAAUUUAUACCGAAGAGUCAAACUGCAGGAUUCUGAAGAAAAUGGGGUCUUUAAAUACUGGCCACGAUAUUCUCUUUACAAGCACGCCUACUUUUAUCCUCCUCUAAAACGGUUCCCUGUUCAGAGCAGCAGUGAUUCAUCUGAAGAAAAUGGUGAUGGUGAUAGCUCAGAAGAGGAGGAGGGGGAAGAAGAGGAGACUUCCAAUGAAGAAGAAGAGAAUGAAGAAUCUAGUGAAAAUGAGGAUGAAGAAUCAGAGAACAGCACCCUUUCUUUCACCACACCUGCCUAUGGAGCGGAGAUCACACUUGGGACAGAGAGCAUAGGUCUCUCUGCAAUCCAGCUUCCUAAGAAGGCUGGAGAGACAGGAAACCAGGGUCCCAAAAAGAAGGAGAGUGAUGAAGAGGAGGAGGAAGAGGAAGAAAAUGAGGAAGCGGAAGUGGAUGAAAACAAGCAAGGUGUGAAUGGCACUAGCACCAACAGCACAGAGGUGGACAGUGGCAAUGGCAACAGUGGCGGGGACAAUGGCGAGGAGGAGGGAGAAGAGGAAGGUGCCACGGUAGCCAACACUCCAGGAACCACAGUGGCUGCAGAGCAGGACAAUGGCGGCUUUGAGACCAUAGCCUCUCCAGAUGGUGGCUUUGAAAUUACAACUCCAGCCCAGGAUGCCCACAGGACCACCACAGUCUCCUUUGGGGGAACCACCACUGCUGGUUUCGAGGAGUAUGAGCAAACUGGCACCAGUGAAUAUGACAAUGCAUAUGAGGUCUAUGAGAGUGAAAAUGGGGAGCCUCGUGGAGACACAUACCGAGCCUAUGAAGACGAGUACAGCUACUACAAAGGGCAAAGCUAUGAUGGCUAUGGAGGUCAAGAUUACUUCUACCACCGGUGAAGACCCAACCUGGUGAAGAAUCCUGGCGUUACACAUGUCUGCCGUUUUCAAACUUCAACUCAGGAAGGUGCAAAGAAACAAAUGUGCAUAUUUCAAUGUGGGGUGGUGCUACUGUUCCCAGUUUUCUGUUAUCGCUUCUGCAAGUCAUGAGCUUUUUGUUGCUUGUCCCUGUGAGGUUAUUGCAAACCAGGGCCACCUAACAAGAGGUUGGAAAAGUCACAAGUUUGAGCUUAGUGGAUUGUUUUGAGGUUGUACUUCUAGAAAUAGUUUGGACCUUUGCACUUAACUGCUAAAACAUUCUCAUUGUGUAAGAAAUGCUUUUAGGAAGAGAUUCUUUGACGUUAGUGGCACUGUAUGCAAUAAAUGUGUAAUCCCCCAGCCAUGCUACCUAAACAACCCUGUAUAUUAAGGUUCGUGAUCAUCCUCAUAUAUUUUAUGUGACCUAUAUGUACAGUUCAUCUAUGAGUGUUAUCCUAAAUAAAAAUGCGGCUUUUUAAUGUGAUACAGUUGAGAAAGAAAAAUGAGAGAUUCAGCAUAGAAAAGGUACUAUCAGAAGGAGGGAUGCUCAGUCAAAAGAUGAAAGAUUAUUUCCAUUUUUCCCCCAGAAAAACUGUAGAGAUUUUCUUGUGGAUACAUCAGCAUAAGUGAGUUUGUGGGCAGGGUCUGUCAUACACAACAGAGGGAUAAAUGGCCUUUACGAGAGUUGCCACAUUUAACAAAUAAAAACAUGAGGUGCCUACUUUUCUGCCUUCAGAUCUUUAAAAUACUAACUGGGUUCCAAACUCCACUUGUGCCCUUGAUCUAAGAAUAAAUAUUCCCAUGCAAAUUGCA